AACCACACAAACGAAUUGAAGAAAAAAAAAAUCACAUAAAAAAAGAAAGAAAAAAAAAUGGCAUGGAAUUUCGAAUCGGGAUUGGUCGUCCUCAAUGGCGAGUCUCUCAGUUUCUCACCUCAGUCUUGUCUCUCCUCCGCGAUUCAAUCAUAUUCUAUCAUCAUCAUCGCUGCCAUUGUUGUUGAAGUAUCAAACAGCUAAGGCCUCUGGUUCGAUCUCUGCAUCCUACAGAUUCUCCUCCGGCAUCGACGAAGAGGAGGACGACCACAGGGCCGCCGGAGGAUUUAAAGAAGCGGUGGCGCUAUUCAACGGCGGGGAUUACUACAAGUGCCAUGACUUACUCGAAGAUCUAUGGAACCAAGCUCAGGAGCCCCCUCGUACCCUCUUUCACGGUAUUCUACAGUGCGCCGUGGGCUUUUAUCACCUCUUCAACCAGAACCAUAAAGGAGCAAUGAUGGAAUUGGGAGAGGGACUGUGUAAGCUACGGAAGAUGAAUUUUGAGAGCGGACCCUUUCUUCAAUUCGAGAAAGAGAUUUCUGCAGUUCUGGAUUUCAUUUAUCUAACUCAGCUAGAGCUCGCUGCCUGUACCGAUGAUUUUUGUAUUGCGCUAGAUCAGUCCGAAAGAUCGUACCAACUUCUUGGUGGUUAUGCUGCAGGACAACGUUUGUAUUGUUUGGAAAGUGACCCUAAUGACAUUAUUUACAUUGUAUUCUGCCCCGAGAGAUCUUAUGGAACCGGUGAGCCACCAAGAGUAAAACUUCCGACCUUAAAUGCAUCCGGAGAGCAUCUCAAGGAGAUCGAGUAUAACGGACUUGAUUGAAGACAGAAGUUUGUACAUAUUAAUUCAUUGGUUUUACAAAGUUUUAGUUGCUCUUAUAGGUCAAUUUAUACCUAGAUUGUGUCGUAAAUAAUUAUUGUUCACUAAAAACUCUUUUUUGGCAUUUUCCCAAAUCACCCAACUUGCUAAAUGUGCUUUAUAUUCUCAUUUGUUCAUUUCACUUUUGGAAA